CGGUCAAGUAGGAUCGCGUGGGCAUCAUAGGCUUAGCAUGGCCAAGUAUAAAACAAUGACUACGGGGAUGAGGCAGCAGCCAGGGCUUGCGUGUGAAGAGUGCCGCCGGCGGAAGGCCCGUUGCGAUCGCGCACGACCACAGUGCAGUACAUGUACCGAGUCCGGGACACCAUGCGUCGUAGUUGAUAAACGGCCACCCAGGGGCCCUAAGAAGGGCCGGAUGAAGGCUUUACGCAACCGUGUCGCAUCACUGGAAUGGCAGCUCUACGGCCAGUCCGGACUGAUCGAUCCAGAUGCAGAAUCCCAAACCGGUGGUUCUACUGCUUCUACUACUGCAGGGACCGAGUCGCCAGGACAGGCUUCGUUCUACGACAUGGAUCAUGGCAUAGUCGGAAUGGCAUCACCAACAAGUGGUUUUUCCACAUCCAUCGAACCACUCCCACUUACUCCAAUUUCCAUUUGCUCAGAUCUCUACUCAAACAGUUACUCAUCCAACGAGUGCCCGAUGACACUACCGUCACUGUCGUCGGGCACCACCACAGUAAGCAAACCAUACACGCCGAACGCGACGCCGAUAUCCAGCACCGGCGCACUAGGCAAUCCAUACACUGGAGAGUUGGACAUGUCAGACCGCGUGAGAGCGAACUUAGAUCAACUAUACUUCGACCGCGUGCAUGCCAUUCUGCCAAUGAUCCAUGAGCGGCGAUACUUCUCCUGGGCUGGCCAAGAGAACCUGGACCUAGGGAGAGAGUCUCUCCGAUCCGCCAUGCAGACCAUGGCGGCAACCAUGUCUUCUUCGCAUCGCAGCCUGAGCAAGGCUCUGUACGCUCAGACGCGGCAAAUGCUCAACGUGCUAGACGCUCUCGAGCCGGCGACGGUGCAGCUCGAACACAUCCAGACGAGCCUCCUCGUAGCCCACUACGAGCAUUUGCAGGUGUCGGAGCGCCAGGCCAUGCUCACGGCUGGUCGGGCUUUCCGGCUGAUCCAAAUGUCCCGGCUAUACGAUGUCGAUGGUGUAGGCGAUGUCUCUUCUGCCUCGUUCGCGAUGGCGGAUGAGAGCUUUGCCAGAACAGAAGAGAAGAGGCGGUCGUUUUGGGUGGCUUUUGCCUUUGAUCGGUUUCUGAACAUGGCCAACGAGUGGCCCUUCACACUGCACGAGGAACUGAUCUGCACCCGUCUCCCUGCCCCCGAGACAAACUUCCAAAACAACCAGCCCAUCCAGACAGGCUUUCUACCCGAGGCCGUGGUCAACAGCGGCCACAGCACCCUCUCACCUCUUGCCGAGUGCGUCGUCCUCGCCGCGCUCUAUGGCCGAUGCAUGAACCAUCGGGGACUGGCUCAUGCCGCAGUCGUCUCUGGGAGCAACCCCGACAGCAUCCGGACGCGGAUUGAAUGGCUUGCCGCCAUACUUGAGAAGAGGAGUCUAAGACUCGCUCAGACCUCGCCGAUGGGCCUUUCGGUCGUCGAACGCAAUCCUUUGCUGGCCUUUGCCCACGUGCUGGUCCACAGCGCAAUUAUCCAUCUUUACCACACCACGCACGCAGCGCCGUUCAAUCAGCUUCUGACGCUCGACUCGGAGCAGCAGGCGUAUCACUCGGCCAGCUACAUAGCCGAGCUGGCGAAAGCUGUGCCGCGCAUGGAUUGCUUCAAAAUCCAUCCGUUUUUCCCAAAUGUUCUCUCAAGCGCUGCCACAUUUCUUAUGCUGAGGGUCAAGAGCACAGUUUCGGAUACCAGCCAGGAGUUGGACCAGCUCCUGGUCGCUUUGCAAUGCUUAAGAGAUGUAAAUCUUCUCGCAAGGGAUCAGUUGCGCGCCCUCGAAGCUGGUCGGUGGGCAAUGUCCUCUAACCUAUGAAUGUAUUUCAAUGAAUCGUGGAACUACCUUGUCAAGUUGUCGUUGCUUUCAUUUUAGAUACUCCUAUAUAGCGAUGGUGUCUAUCCGG